GCUUGCGACAAACCCCAUCGCGACUUCCCACACUCAGUCCAAAUCAACCUUCCAGGGCAGUUGCGCUCCGCGAAUCGCGAAUCUCACUGGACCCUUCCCUACGCCCGAGUACACGCACAAUGGGUCUUUUUAUUCUCUCGGAAACCUCGGCGGGUUAUGUCCUUCUCAAGUCCAAGGACAAGAAGCUCUUGGGCGGAGACACAAAGGAUUCCUCGAGCAUCGCCGAGCAGCUGAAGCUCAAGAAGUUCGCCAAGUUUGGCAGCGCCGUCGAUGCGCUUGAGCAAGCUGCCGCUCUUCACGAUGGCAAGGUCACGCCCAUGCUGUCGUCGCUGCUUGACGAAUUGAAGGAUGAGACCAAGGCUACUUUGGCUGUUGCCGACCCCAAGCUCUCCAAUUCGAUUGCUCAACUCCCAGGCCUUUCCCUCAAGACCGUCUCAGACUCGUCCACACAGGAUGUAUUCCGUGCCAUCCGUGAAAACCUGACUUCACUCCUUCCCGACCUGCUUCCCUCUGAGGAAGCCGCCACUCGCCUGGGUCUUGCCCACUCUCUGUCGCGACACAAGCUGCGAUUCUCCCCUGACAAGGUCGACACCAUGAUCAUCCAGAGCAUUGCUUCUCUCGAUGUCCUGGACAAGCAGCUCAACACCUACGCCAUGCGAGUCAAGGAAUGGUACGGCUGGCACUUCCCAGAGCUUGCCAAGAUCUUGAAUGACAACCUGGCCUACUCGCGUGUCGUUUUGAAAAUGGGCUUCCGCACAAACGCUCGCCAGAGCGACCUCUCCGACAUUCUGCCUGAAGAAAUUGAGGCUGCUGUCAAGGCGGCUGCAGAAAUCUCCAUGGGUACUGAAAUCACAGAAGAGGAUUUGGAAACCACCUCUGCUCUCGCCGAGCAGGUUGUCGACCUGACCGAGCACCGUCAAAAUCUUGGAAACUACCUAUCGAACCGCAUGCAGGCGCUUGCUCCUAAUCUGACUGCUCUUGUUGGUGAGCUUGUUGGCGCGCGCUUGAUCGCUCACGCCGGAUCUCUCAUGAACCUCGCCAAGUCGCCCGGUUCCACUAUCCAAAUCCUUGGUGCCGAGAAGGCCCUGUUCCGUGCUCUGAAGACGAAGCAUGACACACCCAAAUACGGUCUCAUCUACCAUGCAUCUCUUAUCGGUCAAGCUACCGGAAAGAACAAGGGAAAAAUUGCCCGUAUGCUCGCUGCCAAAUCCGCCUUGGGUCUGCGUGUCGAUGCCCUUAGCACCUGGGGUGUCUCAUCAGAGGACACUUCCAAGGAGCCUACCGAAGAAGAGAAGUCCCAGAUUGGUCGCGACGCACGCCUGACUAUUGAGAGGAGACUGCGCGCACUCGAGGGCAAGCCAUUGAAGAGCUUGGCCAACGCCAACCAGACUGCGCUCGGUGGACAGAAGAAGUGGGAAGUCAAGGAGGCGCGGAAGUACAACCCCGACGCCGAUGGUCUUACUGGCGACGAGCCCGCUGCUGAUGCGCCCAAGUCGGCCAAGGCUAACGGCACACCCAAGAAGCUGGUGCAAGAGGUCGACAGCGACGGUGACGAGAGCAUGGCCGACGCCGAUGCCGCCUCAGAGUCAGACUCUGAGCCAGAAGAAAAGCCAACUGGAAAGGACAAGGCGGCGAAGAAGGCGGCAAAGGAAGCCAAAAAGGCACGGAAAGCACAGCGGGCCGCUAAGCGUGAGGCCAAGUUGGCCAAGAAGGCAGCUAAGGAGGCAAAGAAGGCAGGCAAGGACAGCAAGAAGCGGAAAGCAGAGGGUGGCGAGGACAAUGGCGAGAAAAAGAAAAAGAAGAAGAGCAAGGACUAGACGCACCAUGAAUUGGGGAGAUGGAGGGGGAGAUAGGAAAGAAGUGAUGGCCAUUGUAUCCUUUUUCAGUCGCCAUCUCUUUUUUUUCUCGAUUCUCCCUUCUGACACCACAUGACAGAAAACCGGGGGACAAUAUGGCGUUGAUUAUCUGGGUUUGAGCUUGUUCAUAUAUUUUUCUUGGGCGAGUGGCGUAAAUCUUUUUCUGUGUUCGGGGUGUCUGGGCAUAUUCUUGUGUAGUUUUACCUUGACAAAAAGGUCCUUUCUUCACGUUGCAUGAUGGGGAUGCGGUGGGAUGGAUACCCGCCAGCUGGUAGCAUACAAUUACAUGUUCAAAAAAAAAGUUUUAUGCCUUUGGUUUAAACGU